UGGGCACUUCCGCCCGGCUUCCCCCGGCUUCACUCGGAGGCACGUGAUCUUCCCCUCCCUCCGCUCCCCUUCCCAGUAGAGCCAGCCUCUUCGGUUCCGCGUACGUUCCCGUCGCUGUCUGGGCGGGACACAUGGCCACGCCUCCGCCAAUAACAGCGCAGCUAGGCGGAUCAAGAUGGCGGCGCUGGCGGCGCUCGCUAGCUUCCGGGCGCUGCGGCUUUGCGGGCGGAGCAGGUGGGCCUUUUCCCUUUCCGUGCUUUGCGACGGUCGGUUAAGCGAAGAGGAACGGUGGUCCCGGCGGCGAACGCGGGCGAGGGGUCACCCCUUGUUGGUUUUCAAUGCACGACACAGUUGGCGUUUCCCUUUCGCAGUCACAUUCACACGCCCCUCUCGUAUUCCUAGGCGCCCUUAUUCUCCUAGCCCAAACAAGGGGUCGGGAGAUUUGCCCCCCAGCCCCCCGGCCCGUAGGUCCUGAUAGCUUGGCUUUUAAGUCCAGGGAUCCCAGAGAAUCGCCAUGGCGACACAUCGAACAGACACAACCGUCUAUCUUAUUAGGGCAAUAUACGUGGUGUUGCAAACUUUUCCAACCGCACCUGCAGCUUCUCAGAGCCAAAGGCUUUUAGAGUGUAAUAUUCUCUUACUGUGGGAACAAACAAGUAAAUGGGCAAAGCGCCCGGACUGCUUGUGGUGGGUCAUUUCACCGUUCUGGUACUGCAGGUGGAGAAAACGAAGGCAAGAGUUUAAUUCCAAGACGACCAACAGUAAGUCUCUGAUAGCACCGCUGGUUAGAGUGCGGUGCUGACAACGCCAAGGCUGCAAGGUUCUCUUGCAUAUGAGACAGCUGCAUAUUCCUGCAUUGUAGGGGGUUGGACUAGAUGACCCUUACCUUAGGGUCCCUCCGACUCUAUGAUUCUAGCAUCAUGUAGUUGGAGGGUGCAAUGUUAAUUCAGUGACUGAGCAUUUCACUGCUUUGCAGGGGUAGGUUUUGAUUCUUCUAUCUCAAGGCAUUUAGAUGUUUAACUGGCAAAAGGAGGUACAGUGUUGGGGGCAAGUCUGCAAUGCAGUAUGUGCAGGGUUACAUCAGUGAUACUGAUGACUCUGUGACUUAGAAGGUGGCUCUCUAUGCCCUGGCAGCUAGGAAGAUUAGGAAGAAAGAACUGGAUGGGCUAGUGGUCAACUGCAAAGGGGACUCAGAUCUACUUUGCACAUUUUUUUUAUUACGUGUAGUAUUUUAUUUUUUUUAUUACAUGUAGUAAGAAAUUUUGGUGGAUUUGUUCAUGGUUUUACCGCAUAUGUAGCAACUGCUGGUUUUGUUUGUUUGUUUGUUUUUCUUCUUUGGAUGCUGCCCUGGCCUUUGGCUAGUGCAAUAAAAAUAUUAAAUUUAAAUUGGCUCAUAAAAAGACACACUUGUGCCUUAAGUUGUAAACUCUAGCUGUGCAUUCAGAUGCAUGCAACUGUGCUGUUAGGCACUUGUCAGCAAACCUGCAAAGAAGACAUGCCUAAUGAUGUUCUAUUUUCAUUUGUUAUUUAUUAUCUAAAAGUCUUGAAAUGUCAGGAAUUACUUUCGUUUUACAACGUUCUGUGGGGGCACAUAGUGCAUUUAGGACUGUAGCCUAAAUCUGUUUCCAUGGUUGUUGUUUUUUAAAAAAAUAAAGUUGAAGUCAGUGGUACUCUGGUUAGUAUAAAUGCUUGUUCUUUAAUGCUCUGGGGGCUGAAACAAUCGUGCAGAAAGUCUAUAUAUUGAGCUCAGGAGUUCUGAGCUGUAGUAAUGUUAUAUCACUGAGAGAAAGAUUCAUGGAACAAAACAGUAAAUGGUCCAGGGAAGAACAAAGGGAUUGUUAAGAAAAACUGAAAGAAAAUUAAAUGAAGCGCUCUUUUUGUACUGUACAGUAUAAUUACCCUGUGCAUCUCAACAGUUAGAAGAUUGUAUUGAGGCCAGCAGCUUAGCAGGGUUCAGGCAAGGUUCAGGCAUAUGGAUAAUGACAGCAGUACACUGGGAAAAAUAACUACAGAUGAUGGUUUGGUUUCUAAUAUAUCUAUGGCCAUCCAGUACCAGCGAGCAGAUGAAAAUAAGCAGUGCUAAUUUCAGUCAAAGGUUUUACCAUUUCUGCUCUAUAUUGUGUGUGUAUGGGCAUCUGCUUCUUUGUUUCUAAAAGAAUUAAAAUUGUUAUAAGGCUGUUAUAGAUAACAGCUCCUCCCUCCUGAUCAAGGAAUAGCCAGCUUUGUUGCAGUAAAUCUCCUAUAGCUAUAAGGAGGAAAGACAGUUAUUAUGACUUCAGCACCAAAGUAAACUCAUGAAUAGCGAGCUAGAAAAAGGUUUCAUUGUAAAAUGAAGAAAGGAAGGGAAGUGUUCACAUGACAGAUGAUGACUAACCAAGAGCUGGAAACACACGACUUAGAACAAUUGGUGUAUGUUCAGCCCUUUGUGAACUUAGUCCCAACCUAACAGUAAACGCUUAAACACCAUAUAAUAGGAAUCAGUUGUUUAGGAUUCAGACAGGGAUUCAGGUCUAUUCCACAGGGUGCAGUAUUUUCUCCCUCCCUCCCUCCAGUAUUCAGGGACUCAUCACUUAUUCUCUCUUGCCUAGAGUGAAAAGGUCCAGAACAACAAUCAUUCUGUAAAAGAUCCUCACUUUUGUGCGCUGGAUUCUGUUUUCUGUCUAAGAGGAUACUUCUUACUACGGGUCUCUUCUCCCUUGCUUAAUGAGUAGAUCAUUAAGAGACACACAGUAUCAGACAUUCUUUCUCACUCAGACAAGAAUUUCUAAGUAAAGUAAAGAGAGAGAGAGGUGCACUCUCGUUCACUCACUGAUCCUUGUUGCCUCAGUCUUCUGAGGAAAAGCAUAUUGCCCUUAUCCACCAUAUAUAUGCUGUAAAUGCUUUCUCCACAAUUUUGCUAUUGAAACUCAUAGUUAGGAAGUAUAGAGUCAAGACUUCCGGAGGCGGCGCCAACAAGCAAUGGCGAUCUCCUCCUAAUCUCGGAGGAGAGGCUCCGCGAAAAUCGGGUCGAUCCGCUACGGCGCAGCGGAGACCCUUUCGAAACCCGCAGGCGGAGGAAGCCUGCGGUCGUGGGACUCGGCGGGUGCCUGGAGCGCGCCCCUAAACGGCAAAGGAACCCCGCGAGGGGCUCCGAGCAGGACGGGGGUGGCGCGGCACUGUGAGUCUUCUGCUACUUUCGCGGAGUGAAGCCGUGCGGCUGUUGCUGGAGAGCGCUGACCUUUCUUCCUUGACAAUUUGGCUGUCAAAACUACAACCCGUGAGUAGGUUUGACGUUAUAGAAGGACCAACUAAAAUUUUUGAAUAAAUUUGGCUGAAGCGGGAAGGUGUAAAAAGGAAGUCCACCUCCCGGUUUGUAUAAAGGAUUAAAGCAAAGACUGUGUGAGUUCGAUACCAAAGACUGUCAAAAGAGACUGAAACACAGACGUCAAAUUUAAAAAUUUUCCCUCCCAUAAUUGGAGAAGGGGGGGAAGAAGAGACAGUAUUUCUUGUUAUUUUUGUGUAAAAUAAAGAGUAAUAAGGAAACGAAGACCACCUCUCAAUCCCUGGGGACAGACUGCCAGGUUUGGAAAGAUUGGAUAUUUUGUUAGCACUCUAAAUGGACAAUGUAUCUUCUUGCCUAUUAACUUUACAAAAUUGAAACUUUGGGGAAAAAAGUUGCCUCUUUGGCUGAAGGGGUUCUUAAAAAGUUUUUAAGAGUUUUUAUUCUUGAUACUUUAUUACUUGUGUCCCCCUGGAGGCCAAAGGGGAAAAAGUCUCUAACUGAUCGAGGAAUUUUCCACUCAACAGCAGCCUGGGAAAGCUUAACAGCAAAACAACUCCAACUGUGAGAGUGACCUUGAUUUCUAGAUAAAGUGCCAUGGAUGAAAGAACCUUGAGGUCCGGGAAAGGCAGGCAACAGAGCAACAUUGCUCAACAGCAACAGCGCAGGCCAUCCAUCGCUGGGCCACAAGGAGAUGAUCCAAUGCAAACAAAGGGGAAGAAGGACUUGCCAGUUUAUUUAAAAUUGUUAAUGAAGGUUUUGAAAAAUUGGGUCAACAGAAUGCCGAGGCACUAGAAGCUAUUAGACAAAACUCUGCAAGUAUUGAUAAGCUGACUCGACAGACUAAUGAAAAUACAGAUGUGAUCAAAAAAUUACUGGAACAAUCUGCUGAAACCCAAAAAACAGCUUUGGAAGCUAGAGAAAAGGCGGUAGCUGCUGAAGAAAAAUUACCACCUUUAAUUAAACAAGUUGAAGAGCAUCACAUAAGAUUGGGAACGCACCAGGAAUUGUUAUCUGUCAUUGAGCUAAAGGAGAAACAGACCAACUUAAGGAUCAGAGCAGUACCUGAGCUUGAGAAAGAGAGCCUGGUAGACUUUUUGACACAAGAAUUUGCCAAUUUUUGGCAAUUGAAUGAUAAGGAAGAUUUCAAGAUAACGUCUGCUUUCAGGCUUGGAAGAGGAGCAAGAAAGAACAGAGUGAGAGACUGCCUGAUUACCUUGCGAUCUAAGGAGGAACGAGAUAAAAUUUUGAGUUCACACUACCGAAAUACAUUGAUAAUACAAGACUCAAGGAUAGAAAUAUUUAAAGACAUUCCAAAGUUCCUUUUGGAGCUUAGGUCCAACUACCGGGACCUGGUGACGCUGCUGAGAGGAAACAGAAUUUUUUUCAGGUGGGAAUUUCCUCAAGGCCUAUCUUUCAGUUUUAAAGGCAAGAAAAUUAAAAUAAAAUCUGUGGAGGAGAAACAGAACUUUUUGAGAGACCAUCAAGAGGACCUACAAAAAGGAUUGGGGGAGGAGCCAGAAGCCUCUUUACCAGGAUUGGAUCCUACAUUACCACCUUCGGGAGAGGACAAGACAGAGAAGGUGAAACCACCAACAGAGGAAGAAGAGUUAUUGGGAGCAGUUGGAGGAAAAUAAAGAAACCAUCAUGGCUCUGCAACUUUUAACUUGGAAUGUUUGUGGCCUAAAUUCUCCGGAAAAAGGAGGAAAGUAUUUCAUAUACUUAAAAAGAACAAUUGGAUUUAAUUUGCUUACAGGAAACUCAUGUGAUGAGGCUCCACAGGAAAAUAUUGAUUAAUAAGAGAUUGGGCCAAGAAUUUAUUUCAUCAGAUAAAGUUAAAAACGAGGAGUGGUCAUUUACGCAAAGGAGAGCCUCUCACCAAAAUUCGUCUUUAAGGAUGAACAAGGAAGAUUCAUAGCAAUUGAAAUUCAAGUACAAGGAGAAAAAUUUUUGAUAGUAGGCUUAUAUGCACCAAAUGAGGGGAAAUCUAUAUUUUACAAAAAGUUGCAUGAGAUCUUGAUGGACUAUAUGGACUAUAACACUGUUUUUAUGGGAGAUAUGAAUGGGGUGGUUUCCACAAAUAUGGACAAGUCACAAAGAGAGGUAGUCACUAAAGAUGGCAGACUACCGAAAACAUUCUUUGAAUUAACUGACAAUAUGGAUCUGAUUGACAUUUGGAGAACUAGGAAUCCCCUUGGUAGAGAAGGAACCUUUUUUUCUGAAGCCCAAAAGACAUGGACAAGAAUUGACCAAAUCUGGACUACUAGAGGACUGGCACCUAAGGUUAGGAAGGUAGAGAUCUGCCCAAAAACAUGCUCCGACCAUAACGCCGUGAGAAUGGAGAUGAAGUUAACAUCUACUGGUUCCUUCCGAUGGAGGAUGAAUGACACCUUGUUUAGAGAUCAAGAGGUGAUUAAGAAGGCCCAAAAGACUUUGAGAGACUACUUUGAGAUAAAUUUGAAUACAGCUGUAGAAAAAAGAAUAAUCUGGGACGCAAGUAAAGCAGUUAUGAGGGGCUUCCUGAUUCAACAGAAUUCAGUUAAGAAGAGGGCCCAAAAUGUAAAGAAAGAAAAAAUUCUGGAAAAAAUAAAGGAGGGCGAGAAGAAACUGAGAGUGAAGCCCAACUCACAAGAGAUUCUGAGGGAAAUAAAAUUGCACCAAGUGCAGUAUAUGAAAUUGAUAAAUCAAGAAGUGGAAUGGAAAAUUAAACAAAUGAGACAAAAGACUUUUGAAUCGGCAAAUAAAUGUGGGAAACUGCUGGCUUGGCAGUUGAAGAAACGACAAAAACUCAAUACUAUUACUAAUUUGGAAGUGGAAGGGAAAAAUAUCCAGAAUCCAGAAGAAAUUAGGAAAUGCUUCCAGAGAUAUUUUAAACAAUUAUACACACAAGGGCCUCAGAAAGAAUUUGAAAUAGAGCAAUUUCUGAAAACCAAUGGAUUACAAAAAUUUCUCAGGAUAACAAGAUAUUGCUGAAUUAUAAAAUUACAGAACAGGAGGUUGAAGGUGCCAUUCAGAAUAUGCAGCUGGGAAAAUCUCCAGGACCGGACGGUUUAACCUCAAAAUAUUACAGAACCCUGAAAGACUGGUUAAUUCGACCAUUAACUGAGGUUUGCAAUGAAAUUUUAGAGGGGAAAAGAGCGCCAGAGUCGUGGAAGGACGCAUUUAUUACACUUAUACCAAAGUCUGAGACUGAAAAGACACAGCUUAAGAACUAUCGGCCCAUAUCCCUGUUAAAUGUGGAUUACAAAAUUUUUGCUGACAUUUUAGCAAAAAGGCUUAAAAAGUGCUAAAAGGAGUGAUUCACAAGGACCAAGCUGGCUUUCUUCCAGAUAGACAUCUUUCGGAUAACACAAGGAAUAUAAUUGAUAUUCUGGAGAAGCUGCAAGAGGAGAUUAACACUAAAGCAGUUCUGAUUUUUGUGGAUGCAGAGAAAGCCUUUGAUAAUAUUUCCUGGAGUUUUAUGAAGAAAAAUCUUCAGGGGAUGUGGGUAGGCCAAGAGUUUGAAAAUGGUAUAAAUGCAAUUUAUUCAGAACAAAAAGCUAAAUUAAUAGUUAAUAAUGUGAUAACAGAGGAAAUUAAGAUAGAGAAAGGGACACGACAAGGCUGCCCAAUUUCCCCAUUACUUUUUAUUUCUGUUCUGGAGGUUCUGUUAAAUAUGAUAAGAAGGGACCAUUUGAUUAAGGGUAUAACGGUCGGAGCGAAACAAUACAAACUGAAAGCAUUUGCGGAUGACCUUGUAUUGACAUUACAGGAGCCAGAAUCUAGUACGAAAAGAGCAUUAGAACUGAUUCAAGAGUUUGGUCAGGUGGCAGGUUUUAAGCUGAAUAAGUUUAAAACUAAAGUACUUGAGAAGAAUUUAACACCGAUUGAAAAAGAGAGGUUUCAGAAUGAGACAGGUUUAACAGUGGUAAAAAAGUGAAAUACUUGGGGAUUCAUAUGACAGCUAAAAAUGGGAAUUUAUUUAAAGACAAUUAUGAAAAGUGUUGGUCGGACAUUAAAAAGGAUUUAGAAAUAUGGACAAAUUUGAAGCUUUCCUUGUUAGGUCGAAUUGCUGUCAUCAAGAUGAAUGUAUUGCCAAGAAUGCUGUUUUUGUUUCAAUCGAUACAAAUAAUAGACAAAAUGGAUUGUUUUAAGAAGUGGCAGAGAGAUAUCUCUAAGUUUGUCUGGCAGGGCAAGAGGCCCAGGAUAAAACUUAAAAUAUUGACUGAUGCUAAAGAAAGAGGGGAUUUGCCCUGCCAGACUUUAAACUUUAUUAUGAAUCAGCAGCUUUCUGCUGGUUGAAGGAUUGGUUACUUCUGGAAAAUACUGAUGUUUUGGACUUAGAAGGUUUCAAUAAUGUGUUUGGGUGGCAUGCAUAUUUGUGGUAUGACAAGGUUAAAGCUCACAAAAUAUUUAAAAACCAUAUUGUCAGGAAAGCAUUGUUCAAUGUCUGGAUAAGAUAUAAAGACUUAUUGGAGAAUAAAACCCCAAGGUGGCUAUCACCAAUGGAGGCAAAGGCUCUGAAAAAGUCCAAUAUGGAGGCCAAGUGGCCAAAAUAUUGGGAGAUCUUGGAACAAGAAGGAGAUAAAUUCAAAUUGCAGAGUUUUGAAAAACUAAAAGAUAGAGUGCGAGACUGGUUGCAUUAUUACCAAAUAAGAGAGGUCUAUAAUUUGGAUAGAAAAAUUGGCUUCCAGGUGGAAAAAUCAAAGUUGGAAAUAGAACUGCUAGAUCCCAAAACUAAAACACUUUCAAGAAUGUAUAACUUGCUGCUAAAAUGGAAUACUCAGGAUGAAACGGUAAAAUCUGCUAUGAUUAAAUGGGCACAGGAUGUUGGACAUAACAUUAUGUUUGCUGACUGGGAACGGUUAUGGACCACAGGUACGAAGUUUACAGCAUGUAAUGCUUUAAAAGAGAAUAUAAUGAAAAUGGUGUACAGGUGGUACAUGACCCCAGUCAAGCUUGCAAAAAUCUACCAUCUGCCCGAUAAUAAAUGUUGGAAAUGUAAUGAAACUGAAGGUACAUUCUUUCACCUUUGGUGGACGUGCCCAAAGAUUAAGGCCUUCUGGGAAAUGAUAUAUAAUGAGUUGAAAAAGGUAUUUAAGUAUACCUUCUUAAAGAAACCAGAGGCCUUCCUCCUGGGCAUUGUUGGCCAAUUGGUGCCAAAGAAAGAUAGAACUUUCUUUAUGUAUGCAACAGCAGCAGCAAGGAUACUUAUCGCAAAGUAUUGGAAGACACAAGACUUACCCACUCUGGAAGAAUGGCAGAUGAAGGUAAUUGAUUAUAUGGAAUUGGCGGAAAUGACUGGCAGAAUCCGUGACCAGGGAGAAGAGUCGGUGGAAGAAGAUUGGAAGAAAUUUAAAGACUAUCUACAGAAAUACUAUAAAAUUAAUGAAUGUUAAAUUGAGGUCUGAUUGAAAAUAACUGGUAUUGGCAAAAGCCUUGCGUUUAAGAGCAUGGAAUAUUUGAUUGAUAAGGUUGUAAAAAUAUCUAUUUAUAAAUAGAUUAAGUUCUUUGAGUUAAGAUAAAGGAAGGAGGGUAAGGAUUUGCUGAAAGGAGUUUCUAAAUGGAAAUACAAGCGGGGAGGUGCGGGGAAGUCAAAGAACUAAGGAAAGAUAAGAAGGUUAAAUGAAAGUAUAAAUUUUUAAAUUUUUCUGUUUUUUUUUCUUUUUUAUGGUUAUUGUUAUCUUUUGUUUUCUUUUUGUCACUGUUAUUGUUGUUUUUUGUCUUUGGAAUUUUUGUAUUUUUGUAUGUUUUGGAAUUUUUGUAAAACCAAUAAAUAUUAUAUUAAAAAAAAAAGAAAAAAAAGGAAGUAUAGAGUCAAAGUUCCCUGCCUUUGUGUGUUCAGCUUUGAUGGGGGCGGGGGGUUAUAUUUCUGACCCUUAGCUUAAAAGUCCCUCAAUCUGUCUGUAGUUGUUUCCCUCAUUUAUUGCUUUUACACUACCUCCAUUCCUUGGAUCUUAUUUGUUCCUUAACUUUCCCACACAGCCAUUCUCUUCCUCACUGGCAUCUGAUAAGAGCCCCAUCCUGCACCACACAGAAUGGUGCCUCCAUGCAAACGAUAAGAGUGCAGUGGGUCGCAUCCUCUGCCUCUGGAGAGACCUUGACUGAUUCCAACGAGGGGCAGAUUUACCUCAGCGAGAACUGUGUGAAGGUAUGGCUUCUUGGAAAUCACCAGCCGUAUGUACCAUCUGUAGUGUCUCGAUUCCUCCUGAGCUGCAGUAUGAUCUGGUGUUUGGUGCGAAAAUGUCAUAAAAGAAUGUAUAUGUGUGGCUGAGUGUGUGGUUGCUUUAAUCCAAAAAGUAUACAUUAUAUUAUUAACCAUCUCCAUGGCCUGUCCAUGUCAGAGAGGCAUAAUUUGAUGUGUCUGCACAUGAGAGUUGGUAAUAUGCAGUAGUAAAUGGCCCAAUGGUUGCCAUUAUUUUGAUUUGAAUUGAUUUUAGAAUGAAUUGGUUUUAGAAUGCUGUGUUACUUUUCUUGUUGUUAGCCACUCUUGAGCCCGGCUUCGGCUGGGGAGGGCGGGAUAUAAAUACAAUAUUAUUAUUAUUAUUAUUAUUAUUAUUAUUAUUAGCAUACAAACUGUGAUAGAACUAGUAGUGGGGUAUUCAAUCCAGGCUUGGCAAAAGAGAAAAGGCCAGGCAUGUUUUGGGUAGUGUCAAAGACUGGAUGUGAAUCAGCCCUUACCGUUUGCAGCAAUGGCAGCACUUUCACCGAAGGCACUCCAAGUGUUCUCUUUGAGUACAUGUGAAAGAACGUGCUGCCAGGUUGAUUGGUGCUACGUGCCUCUCGUGUGUGUUUUGCUUUAGGUUGCUCUGUAUCUGGCACUUACCAUCUCUUUGAGGGAUCUUGCUAGUUUGCUGUUGGAUUUCAAGUGGUUGCUAAAUAUUUUUGUAUGAAUCUGACCCACCACUUAGCGUUCUUUUCUGUUUCAACAGAGACUGUUGGAGAUUGCAGAAGCAUCUGAGUUUCUGAGGCUGCAGGUAGAAGGAGGUGGCUGUUCUGGUUUCCAGUACAAAUUUUCUUUGGAUACAGUUGUGAAUUCUGAUGACAGGUAAGGGCAUAGGUUCCUGUGUGGUGGAGGAGAAAGAACUUUAGGGGAGGGGUGAGAGGGAGAGAGAGAGAGCAAAUGAUCGAAUGAGGAAUGAAUAUCCUAUUAUAUAGUGCAGAUAAUCCCGUUGUACUGUUUUCCACUUCUAUACUUGUGCAUAUCAUUUCCAAGCUUCGUGGCAGCACAAUGCAUUCAGUGUUACAAUUAGCUCUCAAUAUGAGCAUUCUGCUUUUCUUUUCACUUAAAGAUUCAGGGUAACUAAUACUACCAUGCAAAAUACAUAUAAUCAUCAUCUAAUCAACAAGGUAAAGUAAAACAACGAAGUGUCUUACGGCACCUUAAAGACUAAUAAAUGUAUCAUGGCAUAAGCAUUCAUAGACCAGAGUUCAUUUCAUCGGAUACACAAAAUGCCACAAUAAAUGUGUUUGUAUCUAAGGCUCUGUUGCUUUUGUUGCAACAGACUAAUUCAGCUACUCAUCUGGAAAAGAUAAAGCUAAGAGAGGUGCUUAAGCCAAAUCAAAAGCUACUUGAAGAAGCAGGAUUUUCAUCCUCCUCCAGAAAAGCUGGCCCGACAAAGGCAGGCCUUUCUUGAAAGGGAGUUCAAGAGGUGUGGAGAUCACAGCCAAGAAAACCCUGCUUAUAGAUGUCUCUGUUUUUACCAGGGAGAAAGAUGGAGUGUUGGCGAAGGGCUCACCUGCCAGCCUUAAAGGAUAAGGGGGCUUGUGAUGGAGUGGGCAUUCUCUAAGGUCUUGCUGAUUGUAACACCUAUGUUUGGGUGUGACCUGGAAGCAGGGGCAAAUAAGAUCUUGGAUAUGUAUCUAUUGCAUUUCAAAAUCACUGCAACUCUCUCUAUCUCCUCCUCCAGGAUUUUUGAACAAGGUGGUGCCCGAGUGGUUGUGGACUUGGACAGUCUGAGCUUUGUGAAAGGGGCCAUGGUGGACUUCAACCAGGAGCUAAUUCGCAGCGCAUUUCAGGUGGUCAACAAUCCACAGGCAGAACAAGGCUGCUCUUGUGGAUCAUCCUUCUCCGUUAAGCUUUGAACAACCAUCUCCAUGCGGACCCUAGUGGAUGCUGAGUGGCAUAUCUCUUUUUCAUUAUGUUCAGCUUCCAGCUGGUGUAAUCAGUUGUAUGGUACCAUGCAAAUAGUCCGGACUGAGUCUCGGAUAAGAACUGAUAUCUCCAGGAUUAGGUGUGAACUGGGCUGGGCACCUGUGUUUUCCUUAAUCCCAAAUGUAUCUUCUCAGUAGGAUCCCUGAUGACUCACUGCAUAGCACUUGAUCACCUUGGGAGAUAUGCGUACAUACUUCCGUAAUUUAACAUAUUUUGGUUUUUUGAAGUGAUUUCCCACUGCAUGUAAUUUUCAUGUAUGUUAAUAGGCAUAUUUUUUUCUGUAUGUUCAUUUGUACCCUGAUGAAUGCAUGGCUGAGUUAUUGGGGCCCACAGCAGCUCCCCAACCUCCACACAUUCAAAAGCAUCUGUUGCAUGGUGCCUGUAUGCAUUUGAAUGCACAUGAGAUCCUGUACGGAUGAUCUGGAAACCUGGGAAAAGGAGCGUUGCUGUGUACAAAGUUUUUAAGGAUUGUCUUGCAAGGGAAUUUUGUUAUGAGUACCGAAUGGGGAGAAGGUUAUGUUGCAUAUGUUCCAUAACUUAAGGUUUCCUUUCUCCUUUUGCCUUCUCUGAAUGGUAAACAAGAGGCAUUAAAAAAAAACAACCCACUUGUUUCAUCUUUUGGCCAAGAAGCUCAGUAUUGUUGUUGUUUUAAAGGAAGUGUUGCGUAAUUACAGUGCUAAAUAAUUAAUGCCUUGACUCUGUUUCUCCUUUAAAGUCGGCUGGGAAUUGAAAGCUUCAUUUUUGGAGCAGAACUGGACUGAGCAGCACUGCAUGACUCUAGAUAAUUUUUUUGUUCUUUGACCACAAAGGAUAUCCUGUAUCUAAUUAGUGGACUUUUGGAAGGUAUUUAUCUGUGAAGGACGUGCAACUGAGUAUUGGUCAUAACAUUUUAUAAAAUGCCUAUAUUUGUGCAUCGUUCUUUGCAGUGACCUUUGUUGUUGCUCAGCUGGGACUGAUUCCCCCCACCCCACCCCAGGAACCUCAGCUGCCUUUUGGAUUAAAAAGUUCUUCCUAUUGCUGGAUUUAAUUUCUUACAAGUAACAAAAUGUAAGCAAAAUUAUGUGGCUUGCCUGUUCCUAAAAAAACAUGUAACUCACAUUUGCUUAUUUUCUUUUAUAUCUAUCAUCUGUUCAGUUUUAAGGAAGCAGACAUGCUUGUACGAAGAGUGCAACUCCUUUUCCAACGGGUCUGACACAUCUACCCCAAGAAGGAAUCAAAUUUUAAAGUGAAGGGCAUGCCCUCUUUGAGGAAUAGUGGGGCUUUGGGGAGCCGUUACUGGAGGAGGAAGCCUUGACAGUAGAGAAACUUGAUCUGCUAACCUGGAGGAUUUGGGGGAGUGGGGGCAGGGUGUGUUAAUUUUCCCACAGUAUGGGGAAAUUAGACUAUAAGUCCCAGAUCCAUUUACCUGUUAUCUCUAGCCCUUUCUACAUAAAUGUCAAUUAAGCCACCUCUUUUUCUUGCUCCUCAGCUACAACUGAUAGGGUGUAGAUUUGGAUUGCCUAUCUACUAGAAUUUAUAGCAUUAUUUCACUAGGGGGCAUCCUUAUACUUUGAGAUGCAAAUGGCUGAAGAAAUUGCUUGUAGAAAAUGAUGGCUUUCUUGGUUGUGCUUUGGUUGGAUCUGAGGCUGAGAAGUAGUGCAUAAGUGCUGCUUUGUUUCGAAAAUCUCAUAUUCAGGAGUAUGCUAGGCAGUUGGUUCAGUCUGUGCAAAAUUCUAAAGCCUUGACUGCUGCCUGCUGCUUAAAAGGGUCAUUUCUUGUAGUCCAAAAUGUCCAGCAUAGGGAGGUGGUGGUGUCAAAGUAGAGCAAUGCAAAGGAGUGGCAAAGAGGGAGGGGCAUGGGGUUGUUAGAGCCUUUAACAAAGCAACACAAAUGCAGUUGAGAAAGAGUCUGAUCACAAAUUAUUUCAGAUUCCCUAGGCUAUCUGAGCGCCAUGCAGAUUUGCUUCUGCUCCAAAGCAUUCAUGCCCUUAAAAACUUGAGAGCUUCCUGAAUCCCCACUUACUAAGUGAGAAGGAAGGCAGAGAGAUGGUGUAAUAUUUUAAUUGUGUUGAGAACAUGCAAUUUUCACUAAAUGUUUUGCUGAGAGCGGUUGUGUUUUCAAAAUUGCAUACAAAUCAGGUGUCUGACACAUCUGACCAUACAUGACAUUUUCACUAUAUUGUGUAUGUUGGUGCAAACCAAUUCACCUGAACAUACCGUCAUGUGUAGAUUGCAUGUAUGCCUAUUUUACCAUAGUUCUACAUUUUGGGCAAGUAAAACAAUCCUGUUUGUGACCUUCACCCCUUAUAGCAAAAGCAUUAUGAGCGGUGGAUGACCUUGGAUAUGGAUUUUCACACUCUAGAAUUUCUUUCAAGUUGGCUUUGGUAUUGAAGACUUAUUCUAUUUGACUUAAAAUACACAGUUUCCUGUUUGAGUGUAGUGAUCUUUUUUAGCUUCAAAGUAUCUCCCAACCCUCCAGCACCAACUUGGUCCAAGGAAAUUAUUGACUGCUACUGCAUCUGUGUUCAGCACCGAUGUAGGAAUGAGAAGAGUAAGUUCUGUUCUGUGAUCCAAAUUGAGGUGCUCUCAAUGUGGAACCCUUCCAGUGGUGUUGGACUCCGACUCCCAUGAACCCCAGCUGAUGGUUAAGGAUGAAGGGAAUUGUAGUCUAGCAUCUGAAUGGCAUCAUGUUGGCCACCCCUGAUAUAAAUGGUUUGUUUUGUCCUUACAAUGCCAGCAUUCUUAACUCUCUCAAUGUGUAAAUGAUGACUCUUGGAGAAAUAAAUACAAAACUUAAUUUAUUGGCC